GCUAGUAGAAUAACACUGCAAACCACCAUACACAUAUACACACACACACACCACACGCGCAAAAUGCCAACCAUGUCACGAAAAGACGCUCUUGAGGAGUUUAUUCGAUUGCCUGUGAGCAAGGAAAUGAUCUCGUAUCUGGCUGUCAAGGCUGCCAACGUCAUUAAAUGUGAAAGCAACGCCGCCUUACCCCCAACUCCUCCGUCGACCCCACCAAAUGGUGGUGUCGAGCCGGAUUUUUCGGCUCUGAAGCCAACCCUGCCAACCCUCGAGGAGUUCAUUACCUCGACAGUCGAUAGAUCCCGCGUUCAGGUACCUACUUUGAUGUCAAGCUUGGUAUACCUUCAACGACUGCAGAAGAGACUACCAGCAGUGGCAAAGGGAAUGCGAUGCACAGUCCACCGCAUCUUCCUCGCGUCUCUGAUACUUGCUGCCAAGAACUUAAACGAUUCAUCACCAAAGAACAAACAUUGGGCCAGGUAUAGCGUUGUCAAGGGAUUUGAUGGUUUUGGGUUUUCGUUGACGGAGGUGAACUUGAUGGAAAAGCAGCUCCUGUUUUUGCUGGACUGGGAUUUGAGGAUCACCACUGAGGAUCUUUACGAGCACCUUGACCCAUUCCUUCAGCCCAUUAUCACGCAACACGAGAAGGAGAUGGAGGAGAAGCUCGAAAAGGAGAGGGAAUUCGAAAGACACCAAUCGCUCAUGGAACUACGGAUGGAAAUCAACAGCAAAUCACGACCACUGCUCACAUCGUCGAUGUCAUCUUCCUCCGCAUAUUAUCUUCCUGUAGUCACAUAUGGUGGAGACACACCACCAAGUCAGCAUUCUACUCCACCAUCAUCAUCUGGUCGCUCGUCACGGGCUUCAGAACGGUCGGUAGAUUCAUACUACCCGCGUUCCAGCCGCUCUCAACGCCGCUCGAUUACCCUCUCCGAUUACUCUUACCCAACCCCUCCUUCUACUGCACCGUCCUCCACAAUUAUACCCGGCCUAGUACGAAGCGGCACAGCAUCGAGCAUUGCUUCUUCCGAGGCCUCAUCACCGAAUACACCUUCGGUCGUAAUGAUGAGAAAUUUACUGCCUGUAGAUUCCUGCAAAAAGAAAUCUGGCACAACAGCUAGCAUUCUCACCCGUUUCUUGCACGGAGGCUCAUCACACGAAAAGAGUGUAUCGAUGUCACGGUCGUCUUCGUCACGGUCAUAUCAACAGCAUCUUUAACGCGACCUUUUCUUAUCAUAGCCCUUUCCUUGGUUUUUCCGUUCUAUACUAGUUUUCACCUCUUUUUCCUUUUCUUCUCGGAACGGACGUAGAGUCUGAUAAUACUUAGUACAAUUUCCUCCUAGUUUCCUUUCUUCGUUUUGUUUUGCUUGGGGGGUAUGUCUGAUAUCGGAUACGGUGGGGGCUGGUGUGGUGGCGUGGGUUAUUCCGGUAUGCGGGGUUUGGCAGAUUAAGGUUUGCAAAACUAUCUCGGGGGUUUUCCUUUCCUUUUUUCCUUGGGUCACGGGUUUCUGUUUUUCGUUUAUUUGCAUCUGCUUGGCCCGAACCCGGUUUUGCACGGUUGGCGAAAAAAAAAAUAGGGCUGAGGGGGUGAGGUUUAUGGGGGUUGGUUUCUCAUCGUCACUUUUAUGGGAAAGGUUAGGUAGGGUGUUAUGGGUUUUGUCUAUUAUUGGGUUUAACAGGCGGGGUGGGUGUCAGUACAUACUUUUGGUUUUUUUU